UAAUAAUAAAAUUUUAUUUUAAAAUAUAAUUUAUAUUUAUCUGUUAAAAAAUAUUUUAAAUUUUUUUACUGCACAUGGUGCAGAAAGACACAUAGUGACACCAUAAGUAAGUAGUCUAGUAAAAGAAUGGUUAUUCACUAAAGUCUACGUGGAAGACUCUCAUGAUGAAACCUAAGUAAUGACAAAUUUGAUAAUAACACCCGAGAGAAAAGUUUAUUUUUAAGAAUGCUCCUCAAAUAAUACUAAGGGGAUAAAAAACUGUCGCGUGUCAUAUUUUGAUUACAAAAUAAAAAUAAAAAAUAAAAAAUAAAAAUAUUAAUUGCUAAAAAAAUUAGACAUUAUAAAAUUUGAUAAACCUUUGACCUUAUAACUCAAAUUCUAAACAUCAAACCCCAAACCAUAGAGUUAAUACUAAACCCUAUAGCUGAAACUCUAAACACUAAACCCUAAACUCUAAAUUCUAGGAUUAAUCCUAAAUUUAGGGUUAUCCCUAAACCCUAAGAUUUAAAGUUUAGGGUCUAGGAUUUUUAGGGUUUAGAUUUUUGUUGACAGGGUUCAGGGUUUAUAGUUAACUCUUUUUCGUAAAAGGAGGGAGGAGGAGAAGAAAUCUCUAAACCCUAAACGUUGUCAGCAAAACGCUAAAUCCUAAAUUCUAAACCGUAGGUUUAGGGUUACAUUUAUUGUUUAGUGUUUAGAGUUUGAAUUAUAGGAUUUAGUGUUACUCUUAGGAUUAGAAUUAAAUGUUUAGAAUUUGAAGUAUAAGAGGUUUGGGGUUUAGAAUCUUGCAAUGUUAGUUUUUUUAUUUGCAACUAAUAUUAUUUUCUAAUUUGUUUCAUAAACAAAAUAUAACAUGUGAUAAAUUUUUAUUGGUUAAUAUUUAGGGGAUGAAUCAAUAGGUUUAUAUAAGAGGAUGAAUCCAAGAAUAACUGUUAUUAAAUGUUGAUUACUAAAUGACAAUAUUGACUUUGGUAAUUUUAGUGUCUAACAUUGAGUGAAUGGAGGAAAACAACCAUAAUUUACCCAAUGUUUUAACAUAUGUUUAAUCUAUAUCCGGCUUAAUUAAUUAUAGGGAUGACUGUACAAACACAUGCCCAAUCUUUUGUAAAAUUUAAAUUGUGUACACGAUAUUUAGAUCUCGUGCGAAGACCUUCACUUAUGCCAUCUGGCUGUCGGAUACAUAAAGUGGAUGCCGCAGACCGUUUUAGACCCAAAUUAAUAUUGGAAAGUAAUUUGUACAUAUAAUUUGGUAAUAUUUUGGUCUUAUAAUUUGUGAUUUAGAGUUUAUAUGUUUAUGACUUAGAGAUUGAUUAUUUAGUUUAAAAGUUUAAAUAUGAAGGGUUAAAUUUAUGAUUUUGAGGUUUGAAAUUUGGGAAAUGUAAGUUUAGAGUUUAGAUUAAAGGUUUAUGGUUUUGUUUGUAGGAUUCGAGUUUUGGAUUAUAAAAUUUAAAAUGAUUAGAUUUAUGGUUUUGUAUUUAGAGUUUAAAUUUGAAGUUUAGAGUUAGAUAUAGGGGUUUGUAUAACAGCCACGGUUUAACCACAUUUUUAAGUUACUAUUUAGCUAUAGCUGUCAAAUGGGUGAAUCCAUGUCCAUUAGCCCAUAUCCGUUUGUUCAAUUGUUGUUUGUAGACAGAGAGUGACCAUAUCCAUUAAGGAUCAAACCCACAAACACUCAUAUUUAUAUGGGCUUCCAUGAGAUCCAUUAAGGACCAUUUAAGAAAAUUUUAAAUUUCAAAUGCAACAAUACAUAAGUUCAAAGACCAUACAAAAAACAUAAGUUGAUACAUGAUACAAAAGAUCAUUCAUAAACUGAUAUGAGUCAUAGCUCCAUAAAUGUAAUAAGUGCAUACAUAAAGUUCGGAAAAAUCACAUUUUAAACCCUGAAAGUGACACAUUCUAGCAGUUUAAACACUCAACCUUUUUCACUAGCACUUUAAUACCUCAAACUAGAACUUUUGUCGAAACAAACCCCAAAAUCGCAUCCCGCAUUUUUCUCGUAACCCUACUUGACGGGACCGUUCACGACGUUUAUUGGGCAAAAAAACUGUGCCGUUUCGCUGAUUAAAAAACGGGACCCGUAUUUCUUUUAAUAAGUCUUCUUCUUUCCAAAUCUAUUUGGGGAUUUAGGGAUUUACGAAACUAGAAGAAGUGAAAGACGAUUCUCUGCCUCGAUUCAUCCUCAACUAGAAAACAGUAAGUCGUUUCUAUAAUCUUACAAAGAAUCUAAAUUCGAGAACUUUUGAUUUCGUAAAUUCUUAAGCUGCUUCACAUGUCACCAAAUUCAAGAACUUUUGAUUUCGUAAAUUCAUGGUUAUAUUAUCAUUUUGGAUGAUAUUGUUAGCAGUAUUAGUUGAGAUUCAUGUUUGUACUUGGUGUUAUAUAUCUUGUAGAUGGCUCAAAGUUCAAGUUCCUCUACCAUUGACAACAAAAACGAAAAAGUUGUGGUAUGUAACUGUAAUUGUAAAGCGAAGGUGGUUCAAGCUUGGACUGUUGACAACCCGGGAAGGAGGUUCUAUAGCUGCGAAGGGCGUAAAGCUCCUAAUGGAUACCAAUCCUGCAACUUCUUCAGAUGGUAUGAUGUUGAGAAGCCACACGGGUGGCAGUAUACUGCAUUGUUGGGUGCUAGAAAUGUGAUGCGCCAACAGAGAGAAGAGAUUAGUAACCUGAGAAACCAAGUAAGAGCACUUACUCUUGAGAAUGAAAGCAUUGGCCGAGCAGUACACCUUGAGAAUGAAAGCAGUGGCCAAACUCCAACCGAUUCAAACCUCAUAUAUGAAGCAUGUGAAGCGCUGAAAGGAGAGGUUGAAGCGCUAGAAAGAGAAGUAUUGGUUCUAAACGAGAGGAGCAUGGUGUAUCGUAAUGGUCUUAUCACGUUGUCAAUUGGAUUCACUGUGGUUACUGGUGUGUUCAUGGGUAUCUUGAAGUGGUAGAAGACUAUUGUUGUUCUUGUUAAGACUGUUUAAGCUUCUUUCAUUUUGCUA